AUGUUUUUCAAUAGGAUAAUAGCACUUUCUCUCAUUUCAGUAGUAGUUUCGUCAGCAGCUAUAAACUCUAGGCAGUUGGACGAUGUUAAUAACUCUAUCAAUGAUGCUCUCGGUAGUUUCCAAGGGUCAGGUCAACAAUCUAAACAACAAGACACAACCCAACAAUCCACCGGCACCGACACAAAAACGAAUGAAGAAAUUACUCCAUCUGAUCCUGCCAACAUUGAUUGGAAAAAGAUUGAUCAAAUCGCACAUGCAAAAUUUACAGGUAAUGUCGAGGGUACUGUUAAGUUUGGUGGUGACUGGCAAAAGCCGACUGAUGUCGAAAUUAUUAUGGAAAAGGGUCUAGAUGACGCCAAAGGAUAUAGAUAUUCAAUCAAUACCCAUCCAAUCGAUAACAAUGAUUGUAACACCGCUGGAGACAUUUUAAACCCUGUGGGCAUACCAGAAAAUGUAGUUUGUGACGAAAAGAAGCCAGAAUACUGCAAGGCGGGUGACUUAUCUGGAAAGCAUGGUAAACUUGGAUCAAAACACGGACACGGUCGUCGCGGCCACAACAGUGGUAAUGCAAAGGACAAGUAUAGUGAUAAUUACUUGAGAUUUUUCCCACAACCCUUCUCGAUCCUCGGUAGAUCUAUGGUUAUCACAGAUGAUUCAAACAAUCGCGUCGCAUGUGCUAACAUCAUUUCAAUGAUUGACGGUACGCAAAAAGACGAGGGUAGUUUCGAAGGUACAGGCAAGGCAUCAAACUACCAAAACGAUUAUCGUGAGCCAACUAAAACUGGUGAAGGUCAAUCAAAAGUCACGCCAUUUCAAGACGGCAAGACCGUCGACGCUAAUUCUAUACCAGCGAAGUCUAAUCCAGCUAUCAAGGAGUCGCCCUCUGUUGAUCCAGGCAUUGCUAUACUUGAAGAUGAUACUUCUGAUGCUAUUUCCACAUCAAGUGUACCAUACAGAUUCGUUGGUUUGACCAUCGUCUCUGCCAUGCUCGGUGCUGUUGUACUUUAAGUGGACAGAAACUAUUUCACUUUACUUAAUUGUCUAUUUUAUUGUAUCUAUAAUUACAUCUACC